GCUGGUUACCUGUAUUCUCAAUGAGCUGCCAUUCGAUCCGCACUCUUGUGAUCUGUCUCACAAACCUCUUGCCAUCCCGCGCUCUCAAUCACAGUAUAUAUGAUCACCAAACUUUGCUCGAAUCCUCACAAUCCAUCAACCUAUUUACAUAUUCAAAAACCACGUCAUUUGUGAAGGUGGAUCAUAUAAAACGCUCACUCUACAAGACAGAAAGCAGUAAAAGAAGAUGAGAUUUUUGGAAUGAGACUUUCACUCAGUAUUGGCUAUCAUAAGUGAUAUGGUUCUACACACAAGGCAGAACUUCCACUGGAUUUAGAAUAACUCAGAAAAAUAAAUAAAUAAAUAAAUAACCCGGAGAGUGGACACACGCCCAUCACAAUCCAACUUUACAAUACAUUUGUUUUAUCUGAAGCUUUCAGAUUGUAUUAUUCAUGAUUAAAAUAAAUCGGUGUUUGGAAAACCCAAUCUGAUGCCGAAAAUGUUCCUGCUUGAGGUCAGUUAUUUCAUGGUGCUGGGCACUGUCUUCACGUCUAUAAUCUCCGUGCUGCUGCUCCUUGCCGUAUCCCGUCAACUCUGGGCCUUUCGCUGGCGCAUGACAAGGGACAGGACGUGUAAACUACCUCUUCCAAAGGGUUCCAUGGGUUGGCCUCUGUUCGGAGAAACCUUUCACUGGCUGCUGCAGGGUUCCAGUUUUCACAUCUCCAGGAGAGAGAAGUACGGAAACGUCUUUAGAACCCAUCUCUUAGGCAAACCUGUUAUCCGAGUGACAGGAGCCGAGAACAUCCGUAAAAUAUUACUGGGAGAACACAAUUUAGUGAACACACAAUGGCCCCAAAGUACUCGGAUCAUCCUUGGGGCUAACACUUUGGUUAACUCUAUUGGGGACUUCCACAAACAGAAAAGAAAGAUUUUAGCCAAAGUGUUUAGCCACGCGGCUCUGGAGACGUAUAUCCCCCGCAUUCAGGGUGUUGUCAGGACAGAGGUUGAAAGCUGGUGUGCAAAUCGGGGCUCCAUCAAUGUAUACCCUUCUGCCAAAGCCCUCACUUUUCGCAUCGCAGUCCGCGUCCUAUUGGGACUCAAUGUGGAAGACGACCAUCUGGACUACCUUUCCAAGACUUUCGAGCAGCUUAUGGAGAACCUGUUCUCUCUUCCUCUUGACGUGCCAUUUAGUGGGCUUCGCAAAGGUAUCAAAGCUCGAGAUAUACUCCACGAAUGUAUGGAGAAAAUAAUUGUGGACAAACUACAGCAGAACCAAUCAGAGGAAUACAGUGACGCACUUGAUUACAUGCUGAGCAGCGCCAAGGAAAAUGACAAAGAAUUAAGCAUACAAGAGUUGAAGGAGUCUGCUGUUGAACUUAUCUUUGCAGCCUACUCUACCACCGCCAGCGCUAGCACCUCUCUGAUCCUGCAGCUCAUGAGGCACCCCUCUGUCGCUGAAAAAGCCAAGCAGGAGCUGGUCUCACAUGGAUUUAACGUGCACAGUGUGCAGUUUGUAGGUUGCAAAAACGGAAACUCACUGCCUACUGUCGUCGUCCCCGAAGGAUCAGCAGAAAAGCAGGGUACACACGAAAAUUCAACAACGGAAACUAAACCGCAGAAAGGGUUUGACUUAACCCACCACAGCACCAGCGGGCCACCCGAUACCAUGCCAGCUACCGUGGAAGAAGGACACUAUUCAUGUCAUCAACCGUAUUUAAGUUUGGAGAAACUGAGUCAAUUGCAUUACCUGGACUGCGUGGUUAAAGAAGUGCUUAGAACUCUCCCGCCGGUGUCUGGAGGUUACAGGACGGCCCUGCAAACCUUUGAGCUAGACGGAUAUCAGAUUCCAAAGGGAUGGAGCGUCAUGUACAGCAUCCGAGAUACCCACGAAACAGCUGCCGUUUACCAGAGCCCAGAACUGUUUGACCCGGAUCGCUUUGGAACUGAGAGGGAAGAGGGCAAGGCUGGUCGAUUCAAUUACAUCCCUUUUGGUGGAGGGGUCAGAAGCUGUAUUGGCAGAAAACUGGCACAGAUCAUAUUGAAAAUUCUAGCUGUCGAAUUACUCAGUACAGUGAGAUGGGAGCUUGCCACACCAACUUACCCCAAAAUGCAAACAGUCCCCAUUGUGCACCCGGUGAAUGGGCUCCAUGUUUGUUUCAAUUACUUAAACUCGCACCAGGAAAACAAUGCGUCUCAGAAACCAUAACAAGCCUCGAAUAGGUCGUUUGUAAAUAGUAAACGCAAGGCAUCAGAAUUAAUUUGUAAUUAUUUAGCAUUUAAAUUAUUUUAUAUAAAUAUAUUUUAAAAAUAAGAGAGAUAUGGGAUGCCAUUGGUGUUAAUGUACUAUAAACAAAUAUGAAGUAGAAUCGUAUAAGCUUUGUAUUGUUAUAUAGAACAAUUGUUAUGACAGAAAAUAAGGAUACAGUCUAAAAUUAUAGUACUAUAGACCUUUGAAAAAAAAAAAAGCGUCUCCAGUCGUUAGACUUAACUUUUAUAUUACCAGGCGUUUGGUGAUAGAUUUUAAGAGGUGUAUUAAGCUUUUGUUAAGAAUGUGACUAACUGUAAAUAUAUAUAUAUAUAUAUAUAUAUAUAUAUAUAUAUAUAUAUAUAUAUAUAUAUAUAUAUAUAUAAUCUUGAGAGAGAUAAAUAAAGAUAAAGGGAAGGAGAAACAUGAACCUUAAAUAGCACUUUAGACUAUUCCUCGUUGUGGAGUUUAUUGUGAAAUCUGCAUGACUUUAAUGCAAAAUGGAUGGAUAACAGUAAUCUGGCAGCAUAUAAAGUGUUCACAUAAACUGUCCUUUAGUGUUUUAUUGUCUUUUCAACUGUGUUUUUGUCAAAAUACUUAUGUUGUCAACACUGUUUUUGUGAUAUAUUUGUGAGUAUUAAAAAUGAAAAGAAACCGAAAAAACAAUGCAAACAAAGUGUUGCAGAGUUAUUUACCGAAGAGUGUUGGAAUUAACACAACAAUGUUAAAUUUAGGAAAACUGUUUGUUAAAUAUGCGUGUUUCGUGCUAAAUUUAACACAGAUCAUGCAGUCGUUUUUGUGUUUUUUGCAGGGAACAGGUAUUCCAAAAAUGAAAAAUAUUCUUCAAUAAUUCUUCAUCAAUUAUAGUUUAAUGGUAAAAUGUUUAACAAGUUAAGUGAUUGUUUACUUUAAAAAAACAUGCUUUGUGGUUUUUUUUUUGUUUUGCAUGCGUGUUACCUAAAUUAUUGGCAUGUAUCACAUCCAAUUACGAGUGAAGGCGCUUGUUUCAUAUUAACCUGAUUAUCUGUCACCUAUUGGCGUGUCUACAUUUCUGAGUCUGUUUAUCACACUUAAAUUUAAAAAAUGUGCGCCAAACAUUAAAACAACAAAAAAAGAAAAGAAAUAAUAUGAUUCUCCCAAAGGGAAACAUUAAAGGGUUACACCUUAAGUGUGAUCCGACUUCUGUUGGCAGGAUGACCCUUUUGUGAACCAUAAGACUACGCCCUCCUGACCUUGCCUUUAAGGUGAAUCUUUAUUGUCAAUAUUGAGUAAAUCAGUAGACGGUGUCAAUGGCUAACUUUAAUUAGUGCACCUUCAAAAUAAUCCAGACCUUUAUGUAUACAAUUAAGCGACGACUCCAGAGUAAAACUAAAUGUAUACUUUAUUUCUGUGUUUGAAAUACAGCAGAUGAAAGGUGCACCACGGUGUAUUCAUCUUGUUUCCAAGUGGGUCCUGAUUCUGCAGAAAUAUAUUUAUAGCUACUGGUAUGCAUACAAGUCACAAGAGUAAGCAUGUAUUUUAUAAAUGUCUAAAGUGUCCAAUGGUGAGUUAAAAUUAAUGGGGUUUUUUCUAUCGGUUUUGUGAAACACCAUUUUAAAUUUGUUUAGUUAAGUGCGACCCACCACUGCAAAAUAGCCUGUUCCUUGGCUUCUACAGUCAAUUAAAAGUUGUAUCUGCAAACCAGUGAAAAGGCUGUUUAUCUCUUGACCCAGUUACAAGAUUACUGUAAGUGGUUUUAAUUAUCCUCGUUAUUUGAUUUCUGUGAUUGACAGGAGUAGAACAGAUCUCUGUGGAGAUAAUAAAGGUCUCCUUGUAAUUAUUGAUGCUCAGGCUCCCGUAUCUCGUUAUUUGAUGGACAGUGAACUUGGCGAGCUUUCCUCCCGAGUUCACCCAGAUGUCACGGUCCGUGUGUAGGUUACAAGAAGUUCAGCGCUCGGGAAUAGUAACAACCCUGGGGGCAUUGCGGUGCUUUUCAACGCCAGUCGCUGACAAUAGGGCACAAACUCUGAAGAGCACACACACACUUAAUUUAAAACUUUAUGGACUGAAGAGUGUUUACACACCUAAACAAGGUAGCUUAUGGGUCACAGAAGCAAACAUCUUAUGACCAGUUCAGCUUUUUUACACGGAUGAUCCUAUUAAAAUACUUUAAAUACCCUUGCAUUGAACACGAACACACACACGCAGACUAAAAUGUCUACAGGUAAAGCGUUGCACUGAAGUCUAUUUGUGAAGUGGGGGGAUGAUUUGACUUGAACCAGGGUACUUUAAAGUUUCAUCUCAGUCACUUUGAAAAACUGUAACAAUGUACACGUGCACAUCCAUUUCAACUACAAAAACUAAACAAAACAAAAACAUUCUUCAUACGGGUGUUGACCAAAACAACACUCGACUUAAUUACCUUGUAUACUUCCUUAUACUGUACGGUGUGAACUAUACUUGAAUUUAGCACUAGUCUUGAAAAGGGUGGAUACAUAGCGCUGGCUAUUGGUUUAUAAGUGAAAACAGGUGAAAAGCAAAGGUGAAGCUGCUGUGGAACUGUAUCGGUGUUCACUCGGCUCAUUUUGUUCUCAGUGUUGAUGGACAACAUUGCAUGCGUUCACCACAUUAUAGUUGCAGUAAAUGGUACCUGUAAUGCAGAGCGUUGCAAUGACAGGGGUGCUCACUUUUUUUUCUGUAACAUUGCGCUGUUCCCCUAGUUUAAAAAAUGACCCGAGUUUGAACCUGCAGUAAGCACGAUAUCGUAAUUUUAGGAAUUCACUUCUGCCUGACGUUUUGGUGUUUUCUCCGGGACAUAGGAUUUACUGUAAUCCGGGUUUAACGCCAGGACAAAAUAAUUUUAGAGCUACUGACACUUCCCCAUGCCACGUCCCAUGUUUAAAAGCUCUCGACCUUUUUUUUUUCAGGUAUACUUUUUACAGUCUAGCUACAAUUUAAAGGCGCACCGCAAUCAGAGGUUGGUUUGAUGCACGUAUCCAAAACUGAAUUAUAGGUACUGCAGUUAAAUCAGGCCAGAUGUGCUCGAGCAUUAAAAAAAUCGAAUUGAAUGACUCUUUUAAUGGUAUUGAGUAUCAGUAACAAAACAAAAAAACAUAAUUAUAAUAAAAUGACUCACACAAAUAUACAUAAAAAGUAAUUAAACUAAUUAUUGGAUUGACACUUACAUAUUUGAUUCCCGCGGCAAUCACAGACAGAGUAUGGUAAUUAAACCAACAGUUAAAAUUAAGUUUAAAC